AUGUCUCCCCUUUAUAACCCUUCUAUAACUCCAUCAAAACUCUUAGAAAAAGCUGUUCUUGAUUCUCAUACUCGAGUCAAUCUCUUCAAAGAUUUCACGCAUAACAAUAGAAAAGACUUUAUUUCAGAAGUAACUCCAAAUAAAGCUGGUUCCUAUCUCACGAAAUUACCUCUUGGAUCCCCAAAAGUUGAAGUCCUGGCUUCGAUAAGCACAGGAAGUAGUCUUGUAUGGGUACAAUGUAAAGCUUGUGAGAAAUGUUUUGGAAAAGAAGAACCAAUAUAUAAACCGACGAGAUCUUCUACAUAUAAAGAAGUUUCUUUUCAUACAAGUUUUUGUAGAGCUCUACGACACCAUGAAAUUGGGGCACAAGGAGUGUGCGACUAUUCUUAUCUUUAUGUAGACGGGACACAUACAUCUGGGGUCCUAAGCAGAGACAAUUUCCACAUGAAAUCUACUGCCGAUGAAGAGCUUACUAUCCCUAUGGUGUUUGGUUGUAGUAACUUAAUCAUCGGUCGGUAUGCAAGAGGCGUACAAGGUAUGAUUGGCCUUGGAAGUGGAGAACUCUCUCUUAUUUUUCAACUGAAAAAUUAUAUUCAAAACAUAUUCUCCUACUGUUUGCCUCCAAGUACAGCUAAAACAAGCGGUAAACUUGUACCUGGACAAGAAGCAAAGAUCUCCGGAAACGAAGUAGUUUCAACUGCACUUAGAUUAGACGAUGAAUCUACCUUAUACUUUGUUCAACUUGAUGGUGUUACGGUUGAAAAUAAGGAAAGAAACACGCUACCAAGUCCAAUUGAUAUUGUUAUAGAUUCUGGAACAACGAUGACAUUUUUGCAUUCAAGCAUAUACGAUGAUCUUGUAAAACAUAUCAAAGACGUGAUUGGUAUUAAUCCAGUUGACAGUCCCCUAGAAGAAUUUUCAACCUGUGCUACAAACAACAAUCCCCUGAUAUUAACUUUCCUGAUAUUACAUUUCAUUUCAGAGGUGGUGCAGACGUCCGUUUAA